AUUACUCGUAUUAUUAGCAAACUUACUAACCGUGGCUUGAACAGACAGAAAGAAACUUAUAGUUGGCAGAACUGAACGAGUUGAAGUACAGACUUGUUUGUUUUUGUCUACAUACGCCAUGGCGGAAGCUUCUGUGCUUUGUGGAGGAACAAACGCUAACUCUUUUACCUCCCGCAUUAAAAAAACUAACAGCAGUAAUGUACGACGAAACAGUCGACAAAGUAACAAGAGGGACAUUCACAGUCGGGUUGUUCUGGAGAAAGUGCUGGGCAUCACCACAUCCAGCAGCAGUGGUUUGGCCUGUGACCCCCAUACAGGCACUGUUGCAUACCCUGCAGGAUGUGUUAUCGUGCUUCUUAAUCCAAAGACAAACAAACAAAGUCACAUCUUUAAUGCAUCAAGAAAAACCUUUAGUGCUUUAGCGUUCUCACAGAAUGGGAAGUAUUUGGUCACUGGUGAGAGUGGACACAUGCCCUGUGUAAGAGUUUGGGAUGUGGCAGAACGCACACAGGUAGCAGAGGUUCAGUGUCACAAGUAUGGAGUUGCCUGUGUUGCUUUUUCUACCAAUGGCACCUACAUUGUGUCUGUAGGAUACCAGCAUGACAGGACCGUUAGUGUAUGGGAGUGGAAGAGAGGGACUGUUAUUGCAUCCAAUAAAGUGUCCAGUCGAGUGCUUGCUGUAUCCUUUUCUGAGGACAGUAGCUACUUUGUCACUGCUGGAAACAGGCAUGUUAAGUUCUGGUACCUGGAUGCGUCCAAGGAGAGACGGGUGAACAGCACAGUGCCCCUGAUUGGUCGAUCAGGGUUACUAGGAGAACACCAGAACAGUGAGUUCUGUGAUUUGGCAUGUGGUCGUGGCACCAUGUCUAGCAGCACCUACUGUAUCACCCGUACUGGUCUGCUGUGCCAAUUCAACAGCAACCGACAGCUGGAUUUAUGGGUUGACCUUAAAAUGUCCUCAGCAUGCUGUCUCUCUGUGAGCGAAGCCCUUAUUUUCUGUGGCUGUGCAGACGGUAGAGUGAGGGUUUUUAGCCCACAAAACCUGCAGUACAUAACCACACUGCACCUGCCCCACUGUUUAGGAGUGGAUGUCUCACAGGCCAUGCAGUCUGGUGAUUCAGAACCUGAGUAUCCAGAUACCCUGGCUCUGACACAUGACCCCGUGACUGGCUACCUGACAUGUGUAUACAAUGACCACAGUGUGUAUGUUUGGGAUGUGCAUGACGUCAACAAUGUAGAGAAGGUCUACUCCUCCCUUUACCACAGUGCUUGUGUCUGGAGUGUUGAGACCUACCCAGAGUUGGAGGAUUCAAAUGCAGCUUUGUUUCCUGGUUCUUUCUUUACUUGUUCAUCUGAUAACACCAUUCGCCUCUGGAACAGUGAUUUUCAGCAAAGCCAAAGCACUGACAUUCACCACAACCUUUACAGCCAGGACUUGGUGAAAAUCGUAUAUGUUGAUGAGGACACUCAGCACCUCAAAGCUCUGCCAGAGAGAGCAGAGGGAAACCAAGAUGGAAAGUUUGGAAUCAGGGUAAUGGGAAUCAGUCCAGAUGGUCAGCAUCUUGCAGCUGGGGAUCGGAGUGGAAACCUGCGGAUCUUUGGACUUCAGUUCAUGAAUGAGCUCCUGCGAAUUGAGGCACACGACUCUGAGAUUUUGUGUCUGGCUUUCUCUCCCACUGAGACAGGUCUGCAUCUGCUGGCCUCAGCUGGACGUGAUCGCCUGAUACACAUUUUUAACAUGGACGAUAACUACAAUCUUGUGCAGACUGUGUAUGACCAUUCAGCAUCUGUAACUGCCAUGAAAUUUACAGGUCUGGGUCCAAAGGUGUGCAUGGUGAGCUGUGGUGCUGACAAAAGCAUAUACUUCCGCUCUUCUGAAAAGUCCUCUGAGAGCCUGGCUUUUUCAAGGUCACAUCAUGUGGUGGAGAAAAGUACUUUGUAUGACAUGGACCUGGAUGCUACACUCGUACACACAGCCAUUGCCUGCCAAGACCGCAACAUUAGAGUCUACAAUGUGAAAAGUGGGAAGAUGAAAAAGUGCUUUAAGGGUUCUUUGACUGAUGAUGGAACAUUGCUAAAGGUUCAGCUGGAUCCUUCUGGAAUGUUCUUGGCCACUAGCUGCUCAGACAAGAGCAUCUGUAUUUUUGAAUAUGAUACUGGGGAAUGUGUGGCAGUUCUAUCUGGACAUUCUGAAAUCGUGACUGGUAUUAAGUUCAGUGCAGAUUGCAGGCAUCUAAUUACUGUUUGUGGUGACAGCUGUGUGUUUGUGUGGCGGCUGUGCUCUCAGAUGACUAACUCCAUGAGGAAGAAGUUAGCAGAGAGGAAACGGAGAGCAGGGAUAAGGAACUUAAACAGAGUACCUUGCAAACAACAAGCCAUCAGAAGAGAGACUUACAUUGCUAAACCAUUGAGUAGAGGGGGUCAGCCAGGGUGUGAAACAAACAGCAUGUUGGUUCAGCCUGAAGAGGCUGAGGAAGAUCCCAAGACUCCAGCCAGGCUAGACGUCACUGUAGAUGGUCUGGAUCUAAUGAUGCCACAGACCAACGGACGGCUGCCUAUGUGGGCUCGCAGACUGGGUGCUGGUGUUGGCAAAGGUAGCACUUUGGAUCCACUCAAAGUUCCUCAGUACCAGCCACAGGGGCGAUGGGCUGCACAUGCUGAUUCAUUAGCUAUUCAUUCAGUACUGGAGACCAGGAGCCUCCAGCUCGCCCUUUCUCACACUCCCUGCAAAGCAGAGGAGGAGGAUGAAGAUGAAUGUGAAGAAGACCAUCAGGCACAAGAUGAUGUGGACUUUCACCCACAGAGUCUCGACAGUCUGCUAGAUGUAGAAGAUGAGGGCGAUGCUCUAGAUGAAGAGGGGAAUGUGUGUAGUGUAGAGGUGUCUGAACAGUUCAGUUCUGUGCUUCAAGACACAGACCUGCAGCUGGACGAUGAUAAGCACUCAGAGACUACCGACUAUAUUCUGUACCCAGCAAACAGCACUGCUCUGUCCAUCGUGGGAGAUGGAGAUUUUGUUAAGGCACUUUGUGAGGAUGUUGAAACUGACAAUGAAGAGGAGCUGAGUCCUGAUAGUGCCUGCUCAGCAGAAAGUGACCAGGUGCACAGUGACCAGGCCCAGGAACAGGACACUGACUCACUUAGUCAGGUGAGCUCCAAUGGUAGUUCUGGAGUGGAGGAAGAUGAGGAUGACGAGCCUGCCAACCUACUACGCCAACACUUUGACACACUAGCAGUGGGAACUAUUGAAAAGUUCAACACAGAUCUGAGCAGUCUGCAGCCUACCAACGAAAGCAACUUCCUCAACCCUAGACUGAGCCUAUCUACCCGCUUCCUCUCACGUUUCCAGAGCCGCAUUCGAGGUACAGUGGCAGGAAGCGGUGCACUCGGAAAAACUGGAGGUUGUUUGCCUAGUAUUCCAGAUGAGUCCAACAGCAGCACUGAUAAUUCAAAUCUUUCUUCUGAGGCCUGUGACCUAAAUGGCAACAUAAAUGAUCAGAAAAAAGAGCCAAAAUGCGAAACUGUGAUUUCACAAGAAAAUGACACCAGUGAUCCAGACACAUCUGUCCCCAAACUUGGCUGCACCACCUCGAAUAAAGUUUCUUCAUCUGCUUUGGGUUCUGAAAAACUCUCCAGCCAGAGUGGCAUGGAUAACGACACCAACGUCAAGACUAGCUCAAUGGAUGAGAAUCCAAAAGUGUGGUCAGGACAGGAAGACAGCUUUGAAAGUAAGGUGCUCAGGAAAGCCUCAUUGCCAAAUCAGAGUUCUACAAUGCCUCAAAAGAGUAAGGAAAACCUUCCACUUCCACAGCCUCCUUCAUCAGACACACUUUCUUCACUUCCUUCAAAGCCAACCCCUACACAGACAUGCCCUGCUCUGGGUAAUCCCAGUGGUCGUGCCACACUCCACUUGGACUUGUCUUCCGCUUGCUCUGCCAGUUUGCCAACUGCUACCCUUAAAGCUUUAAGAAGCCAACUGGAGCACAUGGACCCUGUUUGUAAACAGACUUUGGUUAGUCCGACCGAGAUGAAGUCGCUAGGAAAGGAGAGCCGAAAACGAAUCAGUCAUAUUGAGAAAAAUCUGACACCCAAGUCCUCCAACAGGCUCUCAUCUGGACCUCUGAAAGCUUCAGGAAAGAAGACUUCUUGUCAAAUCCAAAGGAAGAGUGUGGGAAAUAAAUCAGUGGCAAAGUGCAACACAGAAGUAUCAGUUAUAGCAAAGCCCUUAGCAACAGAAACAACUCCUGUUGACUCAGAUGAGACUAUGAAUUUGCAGACGUGUAUGGACACUGUAAAUGUGCUACAACUUACCAUGCAGAAAGCUGCCAGUUUUUAUAGCAAGUUGCAGAGAAUUGAUGAGCUGUCAGAACAGCAGGUGCAGAUGAAGAGCAUUCUGCAGGAGGCCUUUGGCGGGAUUCUGCAUGAGCUUCAUUCACUCUGUCCACAGGAACCAAACUCUGAUGUUCCUCCAGUUCCCAAAAUUUCAGAAGACUCUCCCGGGCGGCAGCUCAGAGAUGACCGUGCCAUGGCACUUUUGGAGAGGUACUCAGAGUUGCUACUGUUGCGCAUGGCUGAAAAGAGAACGGACCAUAGUUAGAUUUACACGUGGUAAAGGUUUUCUGUUUGUGUGUGUUGUAAUGAAUUAUGAUAUCAUGGUCAGUGCUGACCACCUUGUCUGUUUAAAUAAAUAUAUACAUUUUUACACAUAGGCAUCUUUAAUGCCAUUUUCAGCACCUUUAAUGCCAUUUUCUAGAUUUUUUUGUUUGAAUUAGUUGUGAUUUAGUAUUACAAAAAUUCAGUGUUUAUGCAUUGGAUGAACGUUGACAGCAUUUCCACAAACUAUUACUAAUUACCAUCUUUGUGGUAAUAAAUGAUCAUUGUACGGUUAAACGCUUCAGUUAAAAAAAAUAUUUUGUUUAUUCUUUUGCACUUUUUUUAUUUGACUGAAAUGUUUUCCUCAAGGAGACAGUGUUCAACCAGAGCAUCAUACUUGUUUGUUGGCUAUAUUCUGUCUGUCUGUCUGUCUGUCUGUGUGUGUGUGUCUGUGUGUAUAAACCUGAAACAGUAUUGCUUGAGUGAAAAGCUCAGUGGGAGAUUACCAUCACUUUCUACAAGUUAUUAAAGUUCUUAGUUUUCGUCCUCUUUGUUUUCAAACCACGUUGGUGAUGCCACCCAGUCACAACCACAUGUUCUGCUUUCUGUUGUCACUGUGUUGAGGACGGUGUUGCACAAAUGCCAUUGAAUUGGUCAUGUGUCCCUCUACAGACUGACCUUUAAGUGUUGCAGAUGUUUCUUCAUGAUAAAUUUUAUAUUUCUCCACUGUCAGUUUUUCUUGGUCUUUUGUAAACAUACGUGUAAAAAUAUAUUUUUUAUUUUUAUUUUAUUGUGAUAUUAAAGGGUCUGAUUUUAA